AAGCAUCCUUUUAUUCCCGCCGAUGGCCUUUUAACAAGAGAGGAACGCCAUCUUUGACACCUCCAAUUGAGGCUUUCUUUCAGAUAAAUGGAGCUUCCUGUGAUAGAUCUGGGGCCAUACUUAGAAUGCUCAGCUAAAUUUAUCGCCGAUGGGGCUCCAAAAACGCCCCUUGGUUUGGACGAUCUGGGCCCUGAACUUAGAGACCUCUGCUCAGUGGUUAGUGAAACUCUUAGGGACACUGGGGCACUUCUGAUUAAGGAUCCGAGAUGCUCAGCAGAGGACAAUGAUCGAUUUCUCGACAUGAUGGAGAAGUAUUUUGAGAAAUCUGAUGAGUUUAAGAGGCAGCAAGAGAGGCCCCAUUUGCAUUACCAGGUUGGUGUGACUCCAGAAGGAGUUGAGGUUCCUCGUAGUUUUGUGGAUGAAGAACUACAAAAUAUGAUAAAUAUGAUGCCAGAGGAGUUCCGACCUUCCAUUCCUAUGGGACCAGACCCUAAGUGGAGGUACAUGUGGAGGGUGGGCCCACGGCCACCUAGCACUCAUUUUCAGGAAUUAAAUUCUGAACCUGUUAUACCAGAAGGUUUUCCAGAGUGGAAGGAUACAAUGGAUUCUUGGGGUUCCAAAAUGAUAUCUGCGAUCGAGGUUGUUGCAGAAAUGACAGCUAUUGGUUUUGGGCUGCCUAAGGAUGCAUUUACUUCUCUUAUGAUUCGGGGACCUCAUCUGCUUGCUCCAACAGGAAGUGAUCUUGGACGUUAUGGUGAUGAAGGAAUGGUGUUCGCUGGAUACCAUUAUGACCUCAACUUUUUAACCAUCCAUGGCCGGAGUCGAUUCCCUGGUUUGAAUAUUUGGCUGAGAAAUGGCCGCAAAGUUGAGGUGAAAGUUCCUGUUGGAUGCCUUAUAUUCCAGGCAGGGAAAGAGCUCGAGUGGCUCACAGCAGGAGAGUGCACAGCAGGCAUGCACGAGGUUGUGGUGACCAAGCAAACAAUUGCUGCAAUUGAAUCUGCACGCCUGAAAAACCAGAGCCUUUGGCGUGUGUCAUCCACUCUAUUUGCACAUAUUGCUUCUGAUGCCAUGUUGAAGCCAUUAGGCCACUUUGCGGAGUUGCCAUCUUCGUCUAAGUAUCCGGCCAUGUGUGCUGGUGAGUUUGUUGAACUGGAGCUUUCAGCAAUUAAUCUCAAGGGGAAGAAGAAACAGGAGGUCUCUUAACAAAAAAGGGGCUUGUACAACUAUCAACGGUCUCAACAUUGUAAUCCAAAAGCGUGGUUGAAAUAAAGAAAUGCUUUGUUUUCUCGAAACAUGAUGCUUUGGAGGCUCAGAAUUGGGAUAUAAUGGUCAUGUGUAAAUAAUCUGGUUUGGAGAAGGGAUAACGCUCGCCUGUUUUGAGGUUUUUGUUUGGAUCUGUGUGUGGGCUUAGUGGUCCAGAUUCAACUGCAGUAACAUGUUCCGAUUCAUGUAUCGCAGCUUGAAAGAGAGAGAGUGAGAGAGAGCCCUAUGUUUCUUUUCUUGAACAUGAAUUGUUUAAUUCACCAAUGCUCUCUUAAAUGCAUUCACCAAAGAGAGAGAGACUCCC